GAAGUGCAGGAUGAGUGCUGGAUGUGUAAACAAUCGGCUCUGGUGGCGAGUCGGCCGGGUGGGAAACAAGAUCCACGUACAGAGACAUAAGUCUAAAACCCUAUAAAAGAAGAAAGAAGGCCGGGCUGGAGGACCAUUACAAUAGCAAGAUAAUAGUUAUCACUUAGGCCAUUGUCAUUAACGAGAAUGCAGUCUCUUACAAUGCGCUGCUUGUCAGUACUCCACAGAGCAGUACCUGGAUGCAGCAUUUCAAGUGUUAUAUCUCCAUUUAUGAGGCCUCUUCAUAUGAUGCCUAUAAUUUCAAGAGAAGUUAUAAGAAAACCAAUGCUACAGCCUGCUCCAACAUUGGUAGUACAAUCAUGCGGAAUGAAGCAGAAAGGGAAACUAAGUUUGAGGUGUGAUGAUUGUUAUUAUGUUAUGAGGAAGGGGCGACUUUAUGUGAUGUGCAAGACUAAGCCAAGACACAAGCAGAUGGCAAUGCAGAAAAAGGAAAAGAAUACUUGGAUUUUGACACAUGCAACACAGUCACCAAACAGACCCUGGUAGAUGUAUAUAGCAAGGAUGACACACCCUGUAUGUAAAAUAGUGUUAUGUGAUUUUAUGUGAAUAAUAAUGAAGUUUGAAAAUUU